CGGACCUCAUUUAAUGCCGAAUGGUCAAAAGAGCACACGUUUGUCAGCAAAAAGCCUGCAGCUGACACUUCACCAACCAUGUCAUAUGGGUCAAUCGACGGAGGCUCCUUUGGCAGUCGCAACCCAUUUGGAGGUCCGACGAGACAGGGCUACCAGCUCGUAGCCACACAGGUCAGCCCCGCUGAACUGCAAGAUGUGUUUCAGGAGACCUCCUCCAAUAUCUUCCAGAUAAAUGCCAACGUUGUCACAUUAGAGAAGAACCUUCAAGCCCUGGGAACAUCUAGAGACACAGCAGAGCUACGAGAGAGUCUCCACUCCACGCAGCAGCAAACCAACAAAGUCAUCACCAACACAAGCCAGCUCAUCAAACAGCUCUCAGAUAUCAUCAGUGGCUCUUCACGGCAAGACCGUCUGCGCCUGACUCGACUAAAGACUGAACUGUCAGAGUCUGUGCAGUGCUAUGGGGAUUUGCAGAAGAAAAUUGCAGAACGCUCAAAGGCUUUGCUUCCUCCAGCCCAGACAGAUAAGAAAAAGAAUCCACAGACUCCAUCCAGUGAACAGCUGGAAGAGGGUCCAGUGUUUGGUGAAGCAGCGGGCUCAGAAGGAAGAGCUCAGGCUUUCUUAUCUGAGAUCAGCGAGGAAGAUGUGGAGGUGCUUCACCAAAGAGAGGCAGCUGUGCUGCAGAUUGAGAAAGACAUGCUGGACGUCAAUCAGAUUAUGAAGGAUCUGGCCAGUAUGGUUCACGAACAAGGAGAUGCCAUAGACAGCAUUGAAGAUUACAUCCAGACUUCGUCAUCCAACGUGGAAUCAGCCAAUCAGGAGCUUGCGAAGGCCAACCAUUAUCAGAGGCAGCUGAGGAAGAGGAAGUGUUACCUCCUGGUGGCUGGAGGGGUCAUCCUCACCAUCCUCGUCAUCAUCAUAGCUGUUACGGCAAGAAAAUAGAACUUGCCACUGAGGUAGCGUCACCUCAGUGCACCUGCACUGUCUGAUCCCUGACCCGAGCAGCUGGGUUCCAGUAAGAGGGAGCUGCCCCGCAACAUCUCUACUCCAUCAUCCGUGGCUCCGUCUACACGUGCUUCAGUCUGGGGAUGGCAGACUUUCUCAGUAUCAGUUUGUCAAGUGGUGGCCCCCAGUCCGAGCCCCUCAUGUCAUCAUUUCCACGCUUGUUUUCCUUUUUUUAAAAAUGUUUUAUGCUGUUUUCUGUUGCAUGAAUGUUGCCAUCGAUGCUGAAAUCACCAAUGUGAAUUUAGUCAUUACACCAGGGAGGGGUACAGGCUCGGGUGCUUCCAGUCUUGGAUGUGAUUGGUUGCGGUUGUAUAUCACACACUGGUAGCUCCUCACUGUUUGUUUUUUUGUUAUCAGAGGACGAGAUGAAGAUGGAGCAGGGGCUACAAGGUGAGACACAGCAGCUGGAGCUUUACUGUCCUCACUGCUGCACUGUAUGCUCCAAUUCUUUUAUGUUCUCCUACUGACGUUAACCUCAUAUUUAUCAAUGUGCCGUGUCAUUUAAUUAGCAGUGUAUACAGUAUUGUACUAUUCCUUGUUAUUAGUAAAUAUUAUUUGACUAAAUAUAUCUUCCAUAAUAAAAUUUUAUGUUGAACAACAA